CUUAGCGACAAAGUUUUACAUUGAAAUCUCCAGUUUUUCAUAGAAAGAGAGAAAUGUCUACUACGGCUGCUCCUGAAGAAUUGACAGAAGAGCAGAUAGAGUUAAUAAAAGAUAUGUUUAUGGUGUUUGAUCAAGAUGGUGAUGAAACAAUAACGAUAAAAGAAUUAGGAACUGUAAUGAGAGCAUUAGGGCAGCAUCCAACUGAAGCGGAAUUGAACGCCAUCAUUGCAGAGAUCGACGCUGAUGGUAACGGAAUAAUUGAAUUUCCUGAAUUCGUUGAUUUAAUGUCAAGAAGACCUUGGGGGAAGUUAGGAUCCGACGAAGAACUUAGAGGAGCUUUUCAAGUUUUCGAUAAGGGGAAUGAUGGUACUAUUGAUGUUAAGGAAAUUAGAUCUGUUUUAACAGGUUCAGGAGAAAAGUUAACAGACGAACAAUUAGAUGAGUUAUUAAACACUUUAACACCAGAUGGAGAGGGAAAACUAAGAUACGAAGAUAUGGUGAAAAUUAUCAAUGACAUCUAA